UCCAUUUCUUUCCAUCUGCUCUGUCUCUCUCAUGUCAACCACCCUUCCAGUUCCCUCAAGCCAACUUUCAUCUCCCUUUUUGGUAGAAGGCUUUUGCUUCGCCGACUACACUUCCUAUUCUUGCUGCUGCCAUAGGUCACUAGUCGAAAGAGAGAACCAUCGCAGACCAUGGAGAUGGCUGAUCAUGUGAUGUGUAUGCCAUCAGACCCCUGUCUCUCAGAAUCAAAAGGAAAAGGGGGUGUUGGGAUAAUAUUCGGCAUCCAGUCGACAACUCUUUAGCUGUACAGAUAAGGAGUGGAGGAGAGGGUGGAGGGAGGGUUGUCGAGCCCUUGUGUCUUCUCUUGCCACUGCACCCUAUGGCUUCAGGGCUCUGCACAGUAGCACUGCCAUUCGUCUAUGUCUUCAGUCUUCCCUGCUGGAGCAUUGCUUCUAAGGCUCCCCCGAACUGCCGCUGUUAUGUAUGCCUUCCUCCCUCUGACACAUGCAUUCUCUCUCUCUCAGACUCUCAUUUCACCCAUCGUCUCUAUCCUGCUCCACCGUUUUGGGAUUUGGGAAAAGGUUGCCAAACUGAAUAUUGCGGCUUCUCCUCAUACUAGUAUUAGUACCUAUGUCACACGGAUACGGCAGACUGGGUCGAGUACCGGUGUCGACACGCGGACACGGGGAUCCCGACACGGCGAUACGGCUGGAUACGUUUUGGAUCGGGUCUGGGUCAGACCCGAUCCAAACUACUUGUAUAACUGAUUUUUUAACCCGCGUUUUGUUUUACGCACUAACAUCUACCCUCGACGCUCGACCUUCGUUUACCCUCCACGGCUAACGCAGCAGGCUGGCAGCACAGUAAGCCAAUGGCGGGCGACGGCGAGCUCCGGCGAUCGACGGCGACUUCCGGUGGCGUCCGGCGGCAGCCAGCGACAGGCAGUAUGGCGAGCAAAGGAAAAACAGUGUCUCAGUCUCAAGACUCUCAACCUACAAGUUGUGGUUCUGGAUCAGCUACACCUCAGCCACCAUUAUGGUCAUACGUGAAUCUAAUGGGGAAACCUCCUGGAGGCGGUGGAAAUGCUUUUUUUAGGUGUAAUUUUUGUGAAGGACAGUUCAAUGGAUCAUAUACAAGAGUGAAAGCACAUCUAUUAAAAAUCAGUCAAAAAGGAAUUCAACCAUGUAAGAAAAUCACUAACGAGACUUUGGCUCAGUUGAAGAAAGAACAAAAAGCCUUUGAGAAUAAGAAAAGCACAUCAUCUGGAUCUGGUUUCAUUGACAUUGCUUCAAUUUUACAUGAUGAUAUUCAUAAUCCUACCAAAAAAAGAAAAGUUGUUGAUGUUCAUCAGAAAUCAAUUAAGGAUUCAUUUAGUUUACAAGGACGGCGAGAAUUAGAUCUAAAAGUGGCGACAUUUUUCUAUGCUAAUUGCAUACCAUUUAAUGUAGCUAGAAGUCCAUAUUGGAGAGACUUAGUUACAUCUAUUGCAAAUUCUAACUUGACUGGGUAUGUUCCCCCUAGUUCUGAAAGGCUUCGCACUGUACUACUAGAACAACAGAUGACUCGAGUGAACAAAUUGUUAGAGUCUCAAAAGUUCACUUGGGAUCAACACGGAGUUUCUAUUGUUUCUGAUGGCUGGACAGAUUUGCAACGACGCCCUCUUAUUAAUUUCAUUGCAACUUCAGCAAAUGGACCAAUUUUCUUGAAAGCAAUAGAUGCAUCUGGUGAAUACAAAAGUGCUGAGUAUCUGAAAGGAUUGUUUAUGGAAAUAAUUGAAGAAGUGGGAAAAGAAAACGUUGUUCAGCUAAUUACAGACAAUGCACCUGUAUGUAGAGCAGCUGGUAUUGCGAUAGAAAAGGAGUACCCUCAUAUCUUUUGGACUUCUUGUGCAGUUCAUAGUUUAAAUUUGGCUCUAAAGAGUAUAUGCAAUCCACCAAGUAAAGAGCAAGAUCCUCAUGCUUAUGAAUUAUGUUCGUGGAUUGAAGACUUGGAAAAGGAUGUGAGGAACAUCAGAAAUUUCAUAGUAAAUCAUCAACAUGCACUUUCCAUUUAUAACAAGCAUUCUGAUCUAAAAUUAUUAAGAGUUGCAGAGACACGUUUUGCAUCUCUAAUUGUUAUGGUCAAAAGGAUAAAAAGGGUGAAAAGUGCAUUGAUCAGUAUGGUGACUGAUGAUGAUUGGAGUUUCUACCGUGCUGAUGAUGAUGACAAAGCUCAAGCAAUCAAAGGAAUGAUUCUUGAAGACAAGUGGUGGGAUCAAAUCUUUUAUUUUCUUGCAUUCACAGAGCCGAUCUGGGAGAUGUUGAGAGUUCUUGAUUGUGAUAAUUCAACGUUGCACUGUGUGUAUGAGAUGUGGGACACUAUGAUUGAAAAAAUCCAAGAGGUUAUUUUUAAGCAUGAAAAAAAAAGUAUUGCACUUGAAGAUUCAGCAUUUUUUGAUCAUGUGCAUAGAAUAUUGAUUGCAAGAUGGGAUAAAAGUAGCAAUCCUCUUCAAUGCAUGGCACAUACAUUAAAUCCUAAAUAUUAUGGAAAAAAGUGGCUUACAGGGGGUGUUGGAAGAACCCCACCACAUCUGGAUCUAGAAUUAUCAACAAACAGAGUAGCAUGUAUUAAUAGGAUUUUCAUUGAUGUACAUCAAAAUCGCCGAGCUAAUGAUGAGUUUGAAAGGUUUUCUACUGGAAUUGGAGAAGAUGUAGGUGCAACUGUAGACAAAGAUAAUUAUCCAUCUUUAUCUUGGUGGAUUAAACAUGGAACUGCUUAUCCUACUCUUCAAUACCUUGCUUUCAGAUUGCUAGUUCAACCUGCUACAUCUUCAUGCAGUGAGAGAAAUUGGAGUACAUAUUCACAAAUCCACACUAUAAAACGAAAUAAUCUCACAAGCAAACGUGCAGAAAAUCUGGUUUAUGUGCAUUCUAACCUUCGGCUUCUAUCACGGAACAAAGAAGAAUAUAGGGAAGGAGAAACUAAAUAUUGGGACGUGAAUGUUGACGACUUUAACUUAGAACAAGAGAAUGAACUUGAAGUUGUUAAUUCAAGAUUCGAAGAACCUUGUAUUCCCUCAACAUCUUCUAUUGUGGAAGAAGAGGAGAUUGGGGAGAACGAUGAUUUGGGCAUUGAUGAUGACUAGAAUGAUGAUGAACAAUGUUUUGUGAUGAUUGAUGAAUAAUGUUUUGUAACUUUCUUUGAGACUUUCUUCCUUAUGUCUUAGUAGUUAUCACUUUUGAGAUUGGUGAUGAACAAUGUUUUGUUUGAGACUUUCUUUAUUAUCAUUUUUAAUUUUUUUGAAUAUAAUAUUCGCCGUAUCCGCGUAUCCUAAAAUUUUGAAAAUGUCGUGUCCCCGUACCCGUACCCGUAUCCAUAGGAUACCCGUACCCGUAUCCGUGUGACAUAGAUUAGUACUAGUAAUAACAAUAGCCCAAAUUGUUUAUAUUAUGUUUUUUGUAUGUAUGUGUCAUAAU